AUGAAGGAGGUAAUCUUCCUGCUACUCCUAUUGCACUUAAAGAAUGAAAGUACUGGAUUUAAUAUUAUAGGGAAGCUUGGGAACACAGGCCAGGGUGGUGAAACCCGAACAAGUCACUCAGAUGUGACUCCAUCUCCAACCACAGUUUUGGGGUCACCCCCUUCUGAGAUCCAAGCUGCUGAAGUGAGUGCCUCACCUCCUUUUCCAUCUUCAGGGAAGUCUCUGGGAAUGAAAGCGGUGAAGAAAACCUCCAAUCCUACAACCUCUACUGCAAGCCAGUCAAAUAGACACAGUGACAGUGACUUUGACAAAGAUAAGAUGGGGAGCUCAUCUAGCAUCAAAAGGGGACAGAGCAAUGCUAGAGAGGUCCCCCUUCAGCAAGAGCUCACUACAAGCCAGGAUACAGCUACAGUGAACAGACUUCUCAAGCAGUCAUCCCACAGCGCCCAGAAGGAUGCCAGCUCCAAAGCAUCCGGCUUUGAAACUACCAGGGGAAAGAACUGGUGUGCUUAUGUCCAUAGCAGACUCCUACCUACAGUGGUAGUGGACAACCUGGAAACCUUCUCAUCAGGCAGAGUGAAGCCUUGCACUUGGCAUAUUGGAUCUUGUGCUCAGAGGUCUCAGGCAACAGCUCACCAAGCUUACAGAAUCAAACAUAAAAUAGUAACAUCGCUGGAGUGGAAGUGCUGCCCUGGAUACAGUGGACAGGACUGCCAGCUAAGAGCUCAAGAACAACCAUCUCUUGUACACAGCAACCAGGCUGAAAAUAGCAGAACUGUCAGUGAGAGGACAUCAGGAGCUUCUCAGUACCCCAGUGGGCCAGCACUUACACAAAGAAUUAAUGAGAAGAUUAGCAACCAGGAGAUGAAACUGACUUUUCUACAAAAGAAGGUUGACAGCAUUGCUGCUGCAAUGAAUGAUGUGAGCAAGAUGCUUUCUUUUCUGGAAGGCAAAAUCAAUGAAGAUAAGGGCAAAGACUUCCAAUCCUUUCUAAAAGGUCUCAACUCCAGCAGUAUUAAUGAAUUAGUCAAAGACAUUGUCAGAGAACACUUGAAAGUAUUUCAAGGUGAAAUACAAGAGAGCACAGCUCAAGUUUUCAAAACUGUGUCUAGUUUGUCAGAUGAUCUUGAAAAUGCAAAAGAAUUACUAAAAUAUCUGAAUGAAAUACAACAGAAAUUUGCUCAGGAGAAAGACAGUGGGCCAACAAAGCUUGACAUUCUGGAGCUAAAGAGUCAUAUGGUGCAGAUGAAAGAGGAAAUGACUCUUACUUGUGACAAGCCUAUGAAAGCUUUACAGGAAAAGCAGAAAUCCUUGGAAGAUAACCUGGAGCAUCAGCAGUCAAGAAAUGUCAUUUAUUAUGAAUCUUUAAAUAGGACUCUUACUGAAAUGAAAAAUGCUCAUGAACAAUUGCUAUCUGCUGAACAGUCUUCAAGUCAAAACAUCCCUUCGGCAGAUAAAGUCACAGAUCACAAUGUUACAGGGUACAUCAUCACACUGCAUGAGAAAGUCAAGAAGCAAGGUAUGAUGGUGCUGCAGAUCUAUGAUGACUUAAGAGUCCAAGACAGCAAGAUCAGCAAUCUCAGUGUUGCACUGGAAAUUCAGAAAGACUCUCUUCUGGGGGUCUGUGAUGACAUGUUGUCAGAGAGCAGAAGGGAUUUCCAAACACAGCUGGCAGCAGCCCAGGAGAAUGUGCUUGUCCUGAACAAAAGUCUUGCUGACCUCGUCCUCCCUUUGGACAGUAAGAUGAACAAAAUGACUGAGCAAAUUAAUGAUUUGUGCUAUGAUAUGGAGAUCCUGCAACCCUUGAUUGAACAAGGGGUACCUUUCAGUCUGACACCAGAGUAUGAACAGCAAAUGCAAGACAAAGAAAUCAAUGAGAAACUUCAAAAUCUCACUACUGUCAUUGACAAAAUGAGUUCCACAAUUGAGGAGCUUUCCAAAUCUCAGGAAGGACUUAAAAAUGAAUCUCAGGCUUAUCAGGAACUGUUUGAGCGUCGUGUUAAUGAAUGCUCCAUGGAAAUAGAGGAUGGAUUAAACAAGACCAUGACAGUAAUAAACAGUGCUAUCGAUUCUCUUCAAGAUAACUAUGUACUGAGAGACACUCUACGUGCUCUAAGAAAUGAGAAUGAAGUCUGCUGUGGCAGAACUGAGAAACUGGCUUUCACUCUCCAGUUCCAUCCAUUGAAUGAGUCCCUCCAGACGCUGCGUGUUGGCCAGAAGGAUGAAUUCACUCCACAAGUAAUGCCAUCACUUUCUGACCUUCCAUACAGGGAGUCUGACAAAAGCAUCCUCCACAAUUUCAGAAGAGUGUUCUCUGUUUUAAAUGAUACUUCAUCAAAAGUAGGCAGUCAACAACAAGAUAUCAUCCGGCUGGAAGAAAAAAUACGUGGCUCUGCGGAGGAAUCGAAGGACCACGAGGUUCGCCUUCUGAAUGUGGAGUCAAAAAUUUCCAAGUUUUUGGCAAACAAUUGUGACUUGCUGAAAAAAGCCAAAGCUGCCUCGACAGAGAAAGAACAAGUGGUCUCACUUCAGCUCCAGUCCCUGAGUUCCAGGGUCAAGGCCCUGGAAGCCAAGUCGAUCCGCUUCUCAAACAGCAUACUGCUUCUGAACAAGACUGCCCAUGAGGCCUGGGGGCUGUGUCAGGAUACCAACAGCAGCAUCCAAAAAGUGAAUGCCAGCAUCCCUGUGCUGAUUAAACUCGCACAGCCAGAUAUCCCCCUGCUACAGACAGGCCUGAAAGACCUCAUGGAAUCUGUGCUUGAAAUAAAAGCAGGAGCGAUCUUGACAAAUUUAACACAGCAUGUUGGUGUAACAGUAGCAAAUGCAAUGAACAACAUCACCAAACCUCAGAAGCAAGUGAAACCAGUUAUAAUGAAACCAGCCCCAGUGAAAAAAGGAGCAGCAAAUGUCACCAUUAGCCUGGCAAGCCGGAGCCAGAGAAACACAGAUAACGCCAUAGAUCCAGGGCAGUAUUCAUCUUGUGUUAGUUCCCCAUGCCAGAACGGAGGAACCUGUAUCAAUGACAGACAGAGUUUUGUUUGUGCUUGUCGCCAUCCCUUUGGAGGAGUUAACUGCAGUACCAAGCUGGUGAGCGACACUUCUUUGAGUGUUGAUUUUUCAAAAGGAUCUUACAGAUACGCACCUAUGGUGGCUUUUUUUGCCUCUCAUACAUACGGAAUGACAACUCCAGGACCCAUCAGAUUUAACAAUCUGGACAUCAACUACGGAGCUUCAUUUGCCCCAGCAACUGGGAAGUUCCACGUUCCAUAUCUGGGCGUCUAUGUUUUUGAAUACACCAUUGAGUCAUUCAGUCCACGUGCCUCUGGCUAUCUGGUCAUUGAUGGAAUAGACAAACUCACUUUUCAGGCUGAAAACAUUAAUAGUAACAAGUUCACUGACAGAGUCAUUACUGGAAAUGCUUUAUUAGAGUUAAACUAUGGUCAAGAAGUCUGGCUCAGACUGGCAACGGGCUCUAUACCAGCCAAGUAUCCACCAGUAACUACUUUUAGUGGUUACUUGUUAUAUCGUACCUAA